GCUUCCCUCGCGCGGCAUGUCUUUCAGGACGUACAAUGAGCUGUGGGCCAAGACGCAGGAGGACCUCAUCAUUGUCCUGGAGAAGGAUCAUGCCCUCCAGGGGACCUUCCACCCCGAACAACGAAGCGAGGUGAGCUCCCGUGUGCGGUGCGUGUACGUCCAGUACCUGAGCGUGGCGCGGCGCCUCAACACCUGCCAUGACCUGCUGCUGCACGCCCAGCGCCGCCAGCUGCUGCGCCAGAUGCUCAAUAGCACACUCGGGAGGAUAGUGGAGCUCAAGCAUGAGCUGGUGGGGCUGGAGCUGACAGACACUGUGCAUUGUGAUGAUGUGAUGGUGGAGCUGAACCUGUCCCCAGAGGACUUGCUGGUGCCUGUGCCUGCCUACGUCAGGAGGGACCGCCUCCCCAUCAUUCAGGAGAGGAAUGCCCUGAUUGAUGACUGCUUGCGUCGGGCGGGGCUGGAGGCUGUGUCUGAGGAUGAGGCCUUGCCCCUGAGUGUGCCGGAGGCUAUCCUGCUGCUGCAGCGCCAUGAGCGAGCAAAGCAGGGCCGGGCCAGGGCCGACCACCGCAGAGACAUGCUGGCAAGGCAGGAGCGUGACCGAGGGCGAGGCCGGCAACAGCUGUCCAUGGAGGCGGCAGUGGUGCGGCUGCAGGCGGUGACCCGAGGUAUGCUGGCCAGGCGACGCGUGCGGCAGAUGCGCUUCAACGAGGAGCUCUUCUUGGGGCUGAGGCCAGACCCCACCCUGGACCGCAGCUGGGGGGCCAAGCUGCGCAAGGUGGAGUUGGCGCGGUACAAGGUGCAGGAGGAGAGGGAGAGGGAGCUGGAGGACACGGAGAAGCGCAUCCAGACCAGGAUCCUGUACGAGGAGGGCACCCACCUCCUCACUUCCAUGGAAGACAAGAUCAGGGAGUGGGUCUUCCAGAAAAAGAAUGAGACAGGCAAGUUUCCUGACCUGCCUGAGGAAGAAGAAGGCGGGUCCUCUGCCAUCGUGGGUCUGGUGCCGCCCGACGAGGAUGCCACCAGCGAGGAUGCACGCUCCCUGGCCGAGAAGAAGAGUGAGCGAGAGAGGGUGAGGGAGCAGGCCAAGCAGAAGAAGAAGAAGGAGGAGGAGGAGCGUUCGAUCUGCCUGCGACCUUCCAGCUACGUGGCAUCUCUGCAGACAGCCUGUGACCAGUACCAAGACGUGUGGGCAAUGAGACAGCCAGAGGAGAACCCGGAGGAAAGAGCGGAAGAGGACAUGAUUGAGGCGGAGCAGCGGGCACGAGUGGAGGUGGAGAUACGACGGCAAGUGGAUUACCUCAUGAGACAAGAGAUUCAGAGGCUCAAGGAGGAUGUGGAAGGAGAGAAGAGAGGUGCCAAGAAGAAGAAGAGGGUUAAGAAGGGCGGCAAGAAGGGAAGGAAGAGGAAGGAGAAGGACCUCACGCCUGACAGAACCACCGAGUCGCUCUUUGAAGAACUGGUGCUGAAUGGAAUCAUCAAGAAGGUGCCGGAGGGGAGGCUGCAAGACCUGCUGGGAGAUGUCAACCUGGUGGGGACGGAGGUGCUGGCCAAGACCAAGUAUCCCCAGCCAGACCUCGGGGACAUCAAGAACUCCCUCAUAGAGUACAUCGUCUUGCCCCUCGGUGUGGAUGAGGUGCAUGAGGGGACCACGCUGGUGAAGAGUGUGCUGGUGGUGGGGCCGCGGGGCUGUGGCAAGACUCAGCUGGUGCAGGCCGUGGCAUACGAGGCAGGGGCCACCUUCAUGGACCUGACGGCCACCAACAUAGUGGGCCGCUACCCAGGCAGGGCUGGACUCAACAUGCUCACUCACCUUGUCAUGAAGGUUGGACGUCUGCUGCAGCCAACACUGGUGAUGGUGGACUGUGCCGACAAGAUGUUCAUGAAGAAGGUGCCGAAGACAGACAAGUCAGACCCUCGGCGCCUCAAGAAGGAGAUGCCGAAGAUGUUGAAGAGCAUCGCAUCAGAGGACCGGAUCGUGUUUGUGGGCAUCACCAACUCGCCCUGGAACUGUGAUGUCAAGUCGCUGUCGUCGGUGUACCAGAAGAUCCUGAUGGUGCCUCGACCAACCUUCAGUGCCCGUGCCCAUCUCUGGCGAAACCUCCUCACCAUGAAUGGAGCCAAGAUAACCCACAGAAUGGACAUCAGUGGCCUGGCUCGCAUCAGUGACGGCUACACAUCGGGUCACAUCUGCAGCGUGGUCAGCCAGGUGGUGACUGAGCAACGACUCGCCAAGCAGAACAAAAACCCGCUGACUGCCGAGGAGUUUGUGGUGCCCCUGAGCAAGCUGGAGCCCAUCUACAGAGAGGAGGAAGAGGCGAUGAAGGCUUGGUUCCAGCGCACAGCCCUCAUGAGGAAGCGAGCGCGCCUGCUGGAGGAGGAGGCGGAGGCGCAGGGACUCAAGGGCAAGGCUGCCAAGAAGAGUGAGGUCAAGAAGCCGAAGGGGAAGAAGGGCAAGAAGAAGAAAAAGAAAUAGUGAGGCUGCCGGCACGUGACAGAGUGUGUUGUGUGUUCCAUUAAGGUGCUAGUAAUGUCUGGGGAUGAUGAUGAUGAUGCUGUUGCUGUGUAUAUGUAGUACAUUUUAAUACUAACUGAAACUAGCUUUGUAAAUGGCACUUAUUGUAAUGUAAUUUGAGAUUUUUUAUGGUUACUAAACUUUUUAACACCAAGUAGACAAGCAUGAUCCUUACUAACUUAGAUGCUUGAGUGGUAACAAGAGAUACAUAUUUUGUACUUGUUCAGUAUGUGGAAUUAUACUAACAAUAAAAGAGUACCAGUA